ACAGGUCCAUGUGGAGCUGCACGAGGCGUUAAUUCAUUUAAUCCCCGUCUGUUUAGCUGCUGUUUUUUGGCCUAACCGCGCUAUUGUAGCUUUUAAAACUUGUAUCAGGACAUUUUACACACGCGCACACACACACUCAUGUUAAAGUAUUCAAGCAAAUCAUCUAAGCAAAUAAUUGUCAAGUUGAGACUGUCCUCUUUUCUAUUCGGCCACAGCCCCGCGUCCAGACGCCCAGAGCGCAGCGUGAUGAAGAGGAAGGGGAGGAGAUGAGGAGGAGGAGGAGGGAUACUCAUUGGACCAACAGCUUUAAACUGCUGCCGCUUCGUUCCAUCGGCUCCUCUCGGCAGCACAUCAGCACCACAGUUUAGGUGCCAGCUUUAGGGUUAGUCUUUCAUUUUUCUAAGUGCCAACAUUUGUAACACUCAGUCCAGCCUCGCCCAGAGGAACCCGGCGGACUCGGUACAGUAGAAGUUGAACCACAGCUGCUCGAGAGGACGGACCCACGCCUUAUCGUCCUUCUGUCUCUACCACAGAGACUUAUCUGCGACUUCAGUGAAGUUUUGCCCAGUCCAGAGGACAGCACAACCUCAUCCAUCAUGACCCGGAGAUCCUGUGCCAUUUACGCCACCGGCAUCGUGUGCGCACACCUCCUCAUCGUGGGGAUCGCCCUGGUCGUGGGUCAAGUCUUCCAAACGAUGAUUCACAACCGCUUAAAAAAGGAAAUAACUUUGACAGAGAAGAGCCAAGUAUUUGAGUCUUGGAAGAACCCCCCUCCUCCUGUUUACAUGGAAUAUUACUUUUUCAACGUGACCAACCCAGAGGUGUUUUUAGCAGGUGGCAAAGCAUCAGUCAAACAAAUAGGACCAUAUACUUACAGGGAAUACAGGCCGAGAGAAAAUGUAACUUUCUUGGAGAAUGGUACCAAGGUUUACGCUCUCAACCCCAAAUCCUUUGUUUUUGUGCCUGAGAAGUCUGCUGGUGACCCCACUGUGGAUGUUUUGAGGACAGUCAACAUCCCAUUCGUGGUUGUAAUGGACCAGCUGAACUCCUACUCCUUUUUCCUCCGAACACUGGUGUCUAUGUACAUGAACAGUCUGGGUGUGGAAUUGUUCAUGACGCGCACUGUGCAUGAGGUUCUGUGGGGGUUUAAGGACCCUAUCCUCACUAAAGUUCACUCCAUGAAGCCUGACGUGGAUGAGUAUUUUGGCCUAAUGUGGAAGAAAAAUGGUACCCACGAGGGAGAGUUUGUGUUCCAUACUGGUGAAGAAAACUACCUGGAUUACGGCAAGAUCGACACUUGGGAUGGUCUGAGGGAGAUGUCAUGGUGGUCCUCGAACCAGAGUAACAUGAUCAAUGGUACAGAUGGUGCAGUGUUCCACCCUCUGAUAAACAGAAACGAGCUGCUCUACAUCUUUGCUGCUGAUCUGUGCAGGUCUAUUCAUUUAGCCUAUGUGAAGGACGUGGAGGUGAAAGGCAUCCAGGCGUACCGCUUUGCCCCCCCAAGUGACGUUCUCAUGAGCCCCAAAGACAAUCCAACUAAUGAGGGCUUCUGUGUGCCAGCUGGAGACUGUCUCGGCACCGGAGUGCUUAAAGUCAGCGUUUGUCGACAAGGCGCUCCUAUUGUGGUGUCAUUUCCUCACUUUUAUCAAGCCGAUCCUGCCUAUAUCAAUGCUGUUGAAGGACUCAAUCCAAACAAGGAAGAACAUGAGACUUACCUCGACUUGCAGCCUACAACUGGUGUCCCAAUUCGUGCCUGUAAGAGAGCCCAACUCAAUAUCAUCUUGAAGCGUGUCCCAGGAUUCCCCAAAACCAAACAUCUCAACAUGACCAUAUUCCCUAUCAUGUUUGUCAAUGAGACGGCCACUAUCGACGAUGACUCAGCCAACCAGAUGAGAACACUGCUCCUUAUAGUAACGCUAGUCUCGAACUUCCCCUUGCUUAUUGUGGGAAUGGGCAUCAUACUGCUGCUCGUCCUGGUUGUCUUGUUCUGUCGAAACCGCCAAAAGAAGAACGACGUAAAACGUAUUGAUUUUACUGAAGCUUUUCAUUCUUUUACUACGGCGAAAGAUGAUACUGCUUACACUCAGGUCAGCGACAAACCUGAGGAGCAGUCGACGACGCCAGCCGCGCAGCCCGCCAGGAACGGCUCCUACAUCGCCAUGUCCCCCGUGGAGGCCCAGAAGUGCUGAUGGAGGACCUGCCUCUAGAGCUCAGGAAGAGGGCUGAGGAGCAGUGCAGGGGGCCAAACCACUGUGGGGAUGCACUCAGUGGGAUCAAUCUUAGUUUUGUUCUGGGAGGGGGAGGCCCACAAGCCCAGUUAAUGUUUAUCCAACAAAGACUUUGCUCUCCUCGCUGAGCCCUCUUAUGACUGUCCUCUUCUCUACCUGCUGAGCAUGGCCGCGCUGCCUGCUGCACUGCAACAUAAACUCCUACACCUUUCCUGGUUUCAGUCCUGGUUGGCCUCGACACAAAAGACUCUGAGCUCCACCAGGACCAGCCUUUUCCACUUUCUCUGGGUGAACACAGUAGCAUAGAUGCCUUUGCACUCAGACGCACGGUCUUUAAGCAGAGCAACAGUGGCCCAGAGUUUAGUAUUUGUUUCAUCAACAGUAUUCUGUGUAAGGGAUUCUGUAAAUCAACAUUACAACUCCCCUUUAAAGAAGACACUUUCUGGCCUGAUAUUAAGGGGAUACAAUGGUUUUGUUUAGAAACCUGAAAUACCAUAUCCUUUUUAUAAGAAAAUUUCAAAGUGGACUGAGCCAAACUCUUAAGAUUUUUGCCUUUUGUGCUAAAAUGAAUUUGUGCACACCCUCACUGCACUUGAGAUUUCUGAUCAUUUCAUGAAAAGGGUGUGCACCUUCAGUAUCCUGUUUGUUAUGGACAGCAGUUUAUAUUUCCUGGAUGCAGGCACACUUUAGAGUUCACGCCUGGAAACUUGUGAUUUAUACCUUAUGCUUUUUUCAGCAGCGCCUUUUACCAAAACACUAAAUAUUGGGGAUUAGAUUAGCAUAAUUUCUAGUCUAAAUUCAAUUGGUCUAAGUUAGUUGAUUUGAUGACACAAAGCUACAUCCACAUGACUAACAAGGGAGACUUGAACCAACUUUCUGCCUUAUAAUGGUUUGAUGUGCUGUCAGAAUAAGCUGGAAAUAACUUGGUAUUGUACAUACUGAGUGUAAAGGGUAAUUAUUGAGAUACCUCUGACCUAAUCCAGCAAGCAGUCUUGCUAGAUGUGCUAAGACACUAAUUCUACCACAGUGUCCUCCACUCCUGCACGUCUAGUCUGUUAUUCAAAAGCACAAUUUGGAUUGCUAAACCCAGUCCUCGUUUAAGGCGACCAGGUUUUGGUCCUUCCUGUGAAUUUCAAAGAUGCUGUCGUGAGCCGAAACUCCUUUUUUUGGCCGUGUUCAGCCAUUCCCACCGCAUUCCCAGCUGUCGUUUGCUUUGCAGUGGACCGAUGGAGGUCCAGGCAAAGGCAGUGCGCAGCACUUGAAACACUGUCUGUCUUAUGUGUUAUAUGUUUUCAUCAGAUCCACCUGUCCCUUGUGUAACUCACUACUGUGAGAGGUGAAGUAAGGCCAUACCUCUGUGCACUUUGCCUGGGAAUUGUGCCCUUUUGUUUUCAUUGUAUUUCUGUUUUGUUCCAUGUCCAUUUCAAUGCAGGUGGUCCAUUUUUGUUGAAUACAUUUCAUUUUUAUGUCCAGUUAGUAUUGAAAAUGAAUAAGUGGUGUUUAAAGCAAAGGAUAUUACUGCUUUACUGUUACUUUUGAUCACACGUAGUGUUAUUUUCUAUCCUUAUGUGUUGUUGCUGCUACAUUUGCCUCUGGUGGACCUUUUUUGCAAACUGGUUAUCAUGAAUGGCUUCUUCUUUACAGUUUUGGGGUUGGACCAAAAAGUUUUUUGUAGAACUCUGUUCUACUGACCACUUGAGUACAUGACAAAAAGCCUGCAGCUUUCUGCCAUUUACUGUUACAGCCACUACUAGAGAUGCCAUAACAUACAACGUUUUACCCAGAUUCUUUAAUUCAUUAUUCAUUAUACAACUGGAAGAUUUUGCUUUCUGUAGAAAUUUUAAAUAGGACUAGUCACUUGUACAUCUUGGAUUAGGAGCAAGGAUUUUUAUUUAGCAGUAAUGUGGUGAGAGUCGUUUAUUUGGUUAAAUUGAUAUUAUAAUUCCAUCGUUCACGUUGACCUGUGACUUAAACCUUUAUACCUUAAGCCUGUACGGUUACACCCACCUGAAUCAUGUCUUAUCUCAUCCUCACCAUUGAGUCCAGGGGCUAAAACUCUGAAUUUUCCCUGGUUUGACCAAAGAAACCUUUCAUAGAUUUCCCAUGUACCAUGUUUACGCUCCGGCAUAAAUGCAGUGCCACAAUCCACCACAUAAACCUUUCACUGUCCGUGCCACCGUGAAGUGAGUGAAGCUUUUGCAGUUCAUUUAAGCGUUUGCCAUUUACAUCGAGGUAAAUAUGUUCAAAACAAGAAAUAGUGCUAUUAUAUCAGCACUAGAUCUCUCAGUAUUAUGAACAACAAAGCAAUAUGUAUGGGGCCACUUUUUCCUUUGAACAUUUCCUUUUGUGUGGUUUAGUAUUUUUGCCAUACUCUGGUAUAAAGCACAUUUUGGUUUUUCAUUUCAAUGUCUGAUAUCGGUCUGGUGUCGCACUGGAAACAGUUGUGUAGAUGUGUGUUUGAUGAGUUGGCCGUGUAUUUUGAAAAAUGUUUUGUCUGUGAAGCCCAAUGCACCGUUUGUGUAGAACUGGACUUUGAGGAGGCUGAGUAUCUUGAUAAAGCGAAAGUAUAGACACUGUAAACAAAUUGAGAUGAAUGACGCCCUCCUUUAGGGAUGAGCAGCAGUGCCAUAUCUUCUGUUGAGUCCUUUUGAUCGCUGAGGACCACACCUAACACGUUUCCUCUUAACAUACUGUACUAAUUUGUUUUGCUGCUGAAAAUGACAAUCCUCUUGUCAUGUUAGGUGCAAAAUGAUCUUGAAGUAAUAUUCAUUUUUAGUUUUGAUAAUUUACACUGCACAGAUGUUUCUACAGUGCUUUUGUAAACAUUUCUAGUGUA